AUGUAUAAACAAUUCCUCUACGUUCUCAAAGGACUACUUUCCCUAAUAAUCAUACCAACAUCCGCAUCCCCCAACCCGAACCCAACCCCACUCAUCCCAUUCCCAUUCCCCUCCCCCAACUCCCUCCCCCAAACCCAAACAGGCUAUACCUACAAAAUACCCAGAGGAAUUCAAAAUGGCACAGCAAACGCUCGCUUCACAAUCCCAACCCCAAACAAAACCCUAAACACUACCUCCCGCCUCAUCCUCGAUACUCCACGAAUCUCAAAAGUCACCACCACCUCCUUCGACUGGUGGUAUUUCGACGCCGUCUCAACAACGACCCCUGCUGAAUCACUGACAAUAACCCUCUUCACGUCCUCAUCAAGCGCAUUUCCCUGGCUCGACUCUAGCGAAUCAUCCGUUCUAAUCUCUUACCUUUGGGCGGCCUUUCCGAACGGCUCUGUAUUCGAAGAGUAUUUACCAGCGACAAUCGCUACACUUUCUGAAACAUCUAAUUCUUCCAGCUCAGGACUAUGGAGUGACACGGGGUUUACGUGGGUUGCGGGGGAAGAACUUUCUCCGUACAGAGUUACUGUUGAGUCCGAGGAGAUGGGAGUUUUAGAGAUCUUUCGUAAUGGAAUCCUUAAGGAACAAUCACCACAUUUACCGUGCGGAAUCCAAGAUGAGAUAUCUACGUUAGAAAUCGUCCCGAACGUAGGCUGGACGAGUCUUAUUCCUGAUGCGGGUGCCAAUGUGGAUAUGAGUAUCCAGGGAUCAAGAUUGAGGUUUCAAGGAAGAGGAUACCAUGAUAAGAACUGGUCCAACCUCCCCUUCACAGAAAGUAUCUCAAGCUGGUACUGGGGCCACGGCCGUGUAGGAAAUUACUCAAUCGUCUGGUUCAGCGCGAUUGCAAAUAAUCAAAAUUAUACAAGCAGCUACGUCGCACAGAACGACCAGGUCCUCGUGUCCUCGUGUGAGGAUAUGUUCCUCACCGUUCGUCCGGCGGGUCACGGUGUGUCGAACUCGAACUCGACCGCGGCUCGGUAUCCGCCUCGGGCGGGGGAUAUUCCAGAUGGGUUUACGGUUCAGGCUUAUUUGGGGGAGGGGGUUUGGUUGAAGGUUAGUGUUUCCAUUGUUGUGCUUGUUACGGGGGACUGGGAGUAUUAUAUGAGGUGGUCGGGUGGGUUGGUUGGGAGUUUGGUUGAUUCUGAGGGGAGGGUUGUGGAUGCGGGGAAGGGGGUUGCUGUUUUUGAGCAAUUUGCGCUGGAGGAGUGA